GACCGGCCCGCUGCCUUGCCCCGCCCCCUGCAGCCAGGCCCCGCCCUCACAUGCGGUCUUGAUUCGUGAGUGUCAAUAAAGUUGCACCCGAUUGAUGUUUGCGGCGGACAAGAUGGCGGUUUCUGUGCUGGCCUCGCUGCUGCGGACUGUCCGGCAGAUGGUUCCUUUAUCAGCUUCAGGCCAAGUUCGAGGUUACUAUGUAGACUGGAGAAUGUUGCGUGAUGUGAAGAGACGAAAAAUGGCCUAUGAAUACGCGGAUGAGAGACUAAGGAUCAAUUCCCUCAGGAAGAAUACCAUUUUGCCCAAAGACCUUCAGGAAGUGGCUGAUGAAGAAAUUGCUGCCCUUCCCCGGGAUAGCUGUCCUGUUAGAAUCAGAAAUCGCUGUGUCAUGACGUCCCGUCCUCGAGGUGUAAAGCGGCGCUGGAGACUUAGUCGUAUUGUCUUUCGUCAUUUAGCUGACCAUGGGCAACUUUCUGGGGUCCAGAGAGCAAUGUGGUAAAUCAACUCCAGGAAGGACCUACUGAGCUUGGAGGGAAGCCAGUUCUGGCAAGAGACUUUUCUAAUAGGCAAAAACCUGGUUUUUGUAAGGGUCCAGUAUAGGAGCCUAGUCCACUUGAUUCUGUUGAUAUUUAAAUUAUUUUAAAAUUUAAAUGAAGAAAUUUGGGUGUUUUAUUCUGUCACUGCAAUCCAGCUGUCAAUCAAUUACCUUUUCUCUUGGAUUUAACAGGUUAAACAUACUGUUCCCAUACAUUGUGCAGAGUAGCAUAAUAAAAAAUAUUUUCUUGGAAAA